GUUAUUAGUACUAUUGUAGUUGCAAGCAAACAGAAAUUGCAUUAGUUCAUAGACAUUAACAAGUGAACAAUUGUAUUCAAGUACAAUGCGGAACUGCUACGCUCAGCUCAUAUAUCCGGCUAAAAUCUUCAAUCAAAUGGCUUGGGGAAGUAGUUUUUAUACUUUCGUGCGUACAAGUGUUGCUGCUAACGGUACAUAAAGAAUUAAAAGUAAUAACAACAAGUGUAACAACAGCUGGCAACCCACUGGAGAGGCACUCAGCGCACAGCUAAAGCACAAUAAGAUAAAGAAAUAGAAAAUUAUAAAACAACAACAGCAAAAUUGUAACACAAGUCAUUAUAACGGCGCUAGUGCCAACGUUGACCUCACUGGCGUGGCAGACGACGCCUAACGACCCCGGCCGCGACCGCCGACCUACGUUCAUAGAUACAACUGGGCAGACAGACAUAUAUAGGUGUGAGAGUGUUUGGCUGUGUGUGUGUGAAAGUGUUGCGGCAUACCAAUUCAACCAAUUUAACCACUCAUAUCCCGCAUGCUUCGUAAAAGGAUAAGCAUCUGUUGGCGUUGUUGUGGCAGCCCACAAUAUUAUUGAUAGCACCAACAAAAACCAACAACAACAACACCGAUUAUUUGCUUAUACAGCAAACAACAAUAAAAUUGCUUAUAAUUCAAGCAUCAUAACGGACGAACAAAGCUUUUCAAAAUCGAAAUCGUUCGAAAGUGGCGUAGGACAAUGACGGAGCGUCAGAAGGCGGUGCGGAGUGCAGCGGGCACGCAAGUAUACAAAUAAGUUUAAAAUUGGCGUUUAGUUCAAUACGCUCGAACAAAGCUUGCUGUUGACUGUUGAGUGGCAAAUUCAGCGUUUGCCGACUACCGAUGACAACCUUCGAUUUCGCUGCUUAUCACUUAUGCCAAAACCACACUCUACACUUUACGCUGGGUCUCUCCUCUAACCAUGCCGAGGCGCGCUAAUGCUGUCGUGUGCUCUUAUAAAUAGGUUAGGAAACGGUACUGUUUCAAAUUAUAUCCAAAACUUGCCACAAAUCUAAUGUGAAUCAACGAAAUCAACCGAAUCAAUUUGCUGAAAAUACACGCAACGCCGUAGAGGUGUGUGUGUAGACAGGGCGACAUAUAAAGAAUAGAGCGAAUUCAGGCCGCCAAUCAACCACGCAGCCAAGCGUACAAACCAACCGACCGACCAACCAACCAAAUAUCCGAGCCGUGCAAUCAAAUAGCAAAAACAAUAGCAGCCAAAGCUAGCAAAUAACGAAAUUGACAGUCCACACGAAGACAAAGCAAAAAACCGUAAGAAAUAAAAAAUAAACAAAUAAAUUGUCAAAAUCAGUCGAAAAAAAAACAGCAAGGAAUAUAUGCGUAUAAUCUUAGACCCAAGACAGAUAAACCCUUACAAGGACAUCGCACUUAAUAAUAAUACUAGAGCAGCAGCCUUUUCUCAAACUUGCGCCAACAACAACUAAGAACUAUCGUUCCAACUCCUACAGCACUUGCAACAUGCUUAGAAAAACAAAAACAGAGAAAUAAAUAAAAUAUAGACACAUUCGUAUCACCAUAACAUUUACCUCAUCAUCCUCGAAACACUUAUUGCCCACUUACCGCACUGAAAGUGCGCAAUUUCGACGCGGCCGCCCUUUCGCUUAGACACCACUCCACUCCACAUCAACAGCAUAGCGCCCCACGCUGCUUAACUGACAUACCACUUUCUACUUGGACUAUAAACCAGCUGCAUACUCACUGAGCUGGGCUGAGCUGAGGGCUGGGCUGAGUGAAAACAACGAAGAAGAAAGUAAGAAAAAAUGGAAGAUGCUCCACCGCCGCCAAAGAAGAGCACUACACUCUCCGUGGACCGUGCAGCGUUCCUGCUGUUGCGUGUUAAGAAAGCAUUCAAGAAGAAACGUCAACAACGCAAGGAGAAACAAACGCAAGCCGCCAAUGCCGCCUUGAUUUCGCAGGCACGCUCUGGUCGUAAGCUGCCGCCGCCACUGCUGCGUUCGCGCACGCUGCCAGCGAUUAUUGUGCCCGGCAUUCCGGUCGUCUCGCUUCAUACGGAUCGGCAAUUCGACGAGCGUGCUAGUGGCCUUUUGGGCACCAAGUCUGGCAGUGGCACGAGCACCGGCGGUGGCGGCACGAAUCGUUGGUCUCUGCUCACCCGCCAAACACCGACUACGCCGGGUUACACAAAUAACAACAACAACAACAAUAUGGUGAAUAUAAAAUCCUUGAAUUUGCCAAAAGACGACAUGGGCGUCUAUCGUCGCAAGUCCUCCGGCAGCACUACGGGGCAUCACGGCAGCAGCGCCAGCAUGAGUGGCACGCCGAUCGUCGGCUCACAAGUGGCGGAUGCGGCUUUACUGAUGCCAACCUGCGAAGAUUUUGAGUGUCAUGCCGCCGAUGGAUCAGUGUUGCUUAGGAUACCCGCACCGCAUGUUGUGGCCGCACGUGCUUAUCGCUUGGCAUCGAAGAAGCGCAACACCGGCAGCAACACCCACGACAACCAGCAAGGCAGCAGGCAGCAUCAACAGCAGCUGGGCGGCAGCAAUGUGUCAACAACUGCGGGUGUAUCGACAAUGGGUGGCAACACCGCCGCUGAGCCACAACAGCCGUCAACACCCGAAGGCAGCAGCGGUGAGGUAACUGGCAGCACCGGCACCAACACGGCGUUGACACGUCGACUGGCCAAGCUGCUGCAUCAGUCGAGUGUGACGGCCUCGAGGCUGACGUCAGCCGCGUCGCCGCAUGCCGAUCACACAACUGCCAGCGCCGCAGCCACCACAAACAAUCUCCUGCCAAUUAUGGCUGCUGCGGCGUCCAGAGAUGGCGUUGGGCACAAUGGCAGCGGCAGCUGCUUGGAAGAGGCGCCACGGCGACUUUCAUGGGAGCGGCGUAAGGACAGCAGCGCAUUGCAACGUUCGGCCAGCAUUGAUUCUUUCGCCGAGAUUGUGUUUAGCGACACGCCGCGACCCUCACUCGACAUACCACGCCCCUCGGUGGUGCCGUUCAGCAAGCGGCCAUCAGCGAGCAGCUUGUUCUCGAACUGCAGCACCGCAUCGCAAACAACCCAAUUGAAUAUCAAUUACGGUGCCGGUGGCGAUCUCUGCAGCAGCGGCAGCAGUGCGGGCAAUAGUCGACGCGAAAGCCUCUUAAGUCCAUCGUCAACACGCCGCAAUAAGCUGACCAGAAUUAUAAACGCUCUGUUUUCGGCUGUUGAACAUGGACAUCUCGACAAGGCGCGCACAAUUUUGGAAUCAACCGAUGUGGAUGUCAAUAGCAUAAAUAGUGAUGGCCUAUCAGCUUUGGAUGUUGCUGUACUUAGCAACAAUCGUUCGAUGACCAAAAUGUUGUUGCAACAUGGCGCAAUCGAAGGCACACAAUUCUCCUCAGAUACCAUCGGUAAUAAAUUGAAUGCUCUACUCAAAGAUGCUGAGUCUCGUAUACAGGAUUUGAGUGGCACAUCGGAUGGUGGUCUUUGUCAGCCCACAUUCACAUCACGCCCGUCCAUAUCCAGUAUUAUUAUUGGCAACACUGGCUCCUCGGUGACCGGCUGCACAGGCAACGAAAUCGAAAAGCAAAUCGGCAUUUGGGAGCGACGCGUGAAGGGUUUGCGACGCCUGCUACUCGGCUGGGAUCAGACGCGCCCACCGGAUGCGCCCGCCUCGGUGACGGUGGAUGUGACGGGCGACAAUUCGAUUGCGCUGCAAAUACUCGAACCGUUAGAAGGUGCAAUCGCCACGAAAUUCAAAGUGCAAUGGUCAACGCGUGCGGAUUUCAGCAAUAUUGUGGGCGAACGCGAAUUGGUCGACUGGACGAGUUUUCACGGCAAUAUGGGCACACAGUGUCAGAUAGGCGGCUUGACACAAGGACGCCGCUACUUCAUACGCGCUACUUGUGGCAAUGUCAAAGGUUGGGGCGCCUACAAAACGUCCGUGCCAGCUAGCGUCGUGCCGUCAAGUUGGCGCGAUUUCAAUAAUCGCGAGGAUCGUUAUGUGGGACGUCAGCGUGUUUUGGACAAUCUUUUUACGGCAGUACGUUUGGCGCGGCCAGCGGAUGUCUCGGAGUUGACAUUAGAUGUGGGUGCGGCACAGCGGCGCAAUCCAAAAAAGAAGACUACAAUAAAGCAAUUAUUUUCGGUGGCAUCGAAAUUUCAAAAGCACUUGAGACGCGGCAUCUACUUGGCGAGCGUUGUUUAUUGUGAAGACAAAGUGCUGGUGACUAGCGAAGAUUUCUUACCCGUCAUCGAGAUAGACGAGACAUAUCCGAGUAGUUUAUAUAGUGAUUACCAUUGGCUGAUGAAGGUUGCCUGCACCUGGGACGAUGUGAAGUCGUUGCGUACCGAUAUGGAACGAAAUCUAACAUCCGCCGUACAUUUUCGCACCAAACUGCUGUCGGCUGUUUGUCAAAUGCAAUCGACGUUGGGUCUCAAUGACUUGGGUCAGCUUUUCUACAAACCACUGCGCGAUUCCCAUGGCACAGUUGUCUUGACUUGCAUACAGUCUGUGAAGAGUCAGAAAACCGUCUCCAUACUCAACUCACGCUGGUUGCCGCUGAAUAAAUUGCAAAAGAAGAUUGUUGCACUGCUGGAGGACUACAAUAUCAGUGAGAUGUUAAUUUCCUCCAUCAGCGAGCAAAUACACUAUCAUCAAGCGUCAACGCAACGUCUAAGUCCCGGUCUAUAUUUGGGCUAUCUCAAAAUGCAAUGCUCUAUGGAUCAGAUACAGGUUGUGGUGCCCGUGAAGACGCCCAAUGUGCUGCCGCAUUAUAAGGUGCGUGACAACAGUCACAUCACCGCUGACGAAUGGCAGAUACUGAAGCGCAAAAAGUCCACGAGUUCCAACAGUCGCAGCAAUAGUCCCUUAAAUAUGGCGCUCGAAUUCAAUACGAGUACUGAAGAGACCACCGAAGGCCAACGUUUAUUUCUCUACGAUCUUACCAAUGCGGCACAUAAGCUGUUCACCUACAUGAAUAUCAAGCCGGAGGAUGCCAAGACGCAUCGUCUGUAUGACAUCGAAGUUAUCGAGCACAGCAAAGACAUUAGUUUUCUAGUUAUCUGUCCCGCCGUCGAGCUGGCUUGUGCCGUGCCCGGACAGUCAGAGCUGCUGCUGCAACGUGACGAUCUCGCCAGUCUUAGCAUACAAGCUUUUGAGAUGAUACACCUGCGCACUUACCAGCCCGGCAUAAUACAGAAGUAUGCACGUCUUUCUUGUAUACUUGAAUUGGACACUGCGUUGGCCACACACUCGCAACGUGAAGCCUUCUCCACAAGCGAACUGCAAACGGCCAAAGAGCGUUUGGCGAAAUUGCAAGAGCUGUCGGCGAACCUCAAUGUUGUGUGGAAGAGUGUGCGUUGGCUGAUGGACGUGAUUGCAUUUGCACGCGACAAAAACGCGCAAUCUUCGGAGAUCAUGAAAGAUAUACUUGCCUACGGCAAUAGCAGCGACAAGUGCAGGGACGGACGUGCUGUGGAUAAGCAGCUGCUACAACCGCCAACACGUGAUGCUAAGUACACAAAAAGUUCCGGACGUGGCAGCUGGCCAGGACCGGGCGCCAAUUCGCAGAGUUCCAGCAAUAAUUGCCUAGCAGCCGAACAUUCAAAGUCCGAACAGAAUCUUGGUCGUAGUGCAAAUACGCCCACCUCCUGCGCAAGCAUGAUACCGCCACAACAGUCCGCCGCCAAGUCGCAAAGUAGCAGCGACUCACGCAAAACUGUCAGCUCCACCGGUACGCAACAACUGCUGCAAGUUGGUAUGGGUGGCUACACAAGCUCCGAUGUUUCACUGCGUAAAAAUAGCGGUGACUCAAUGACCUCGUCGCAGUACACAACGCGCAGCUACUAUUCCGGUGCGGAAUCAGCGCUUGGCAGUAACAACGAACUCGCACAGAUUUUUGCGAUACCACCCUCACGUUCCGAUGACACUCUAGCGCUGGCCAGCUUGGAUGGCACAAAGCAUACACACUCCGCAGCAACGCAUCGUAAACGCACUAGCUCCAACAUUACACAGCAUGUCACGACGCCAGCAUCGCUGGCCAGCACGACACACUGUUCCAGCUCAGCGCCUUACUUGCCCACCGGCUCAAAUCUCUCACUGAAAAAUUCUUCCAGCUCAGACUAUGACAUCAAAACGUCCAAGAUUAGCAGCCAAACGGCCAUCGAGCAAUGCAUUGGCGGCAAAGUGAAGGCUGCCUCGAGCGCAAAUUUACGCGAUGGCGCGCUCUACUUAAAGUCAACACAUGCCGCGCUGCCUACCGGUGUGAAGCCAAUCAGCAGUGAGGAAGCUUCUACCUCUACAACGGCGAAAACUGCCUCUAUAAAAAGUCUCUCGCGACAGAGCAGCGAAGAGGACACCGCAAGCGGUUCCAGUCACACCUCCGAACAAGCAACCAAUGCCGCCGCUCUGAGCAACGCGCCCAGCUCAGGUAUCAUACAAGUCUAUACCGCCUACAAUACGGGACUGGCGUCCGGCACCAGUCUCAAAUUACAUGUGACGCCGAAGACAACGGCGCGUGAAGUGAUCAAUUUGGUGGUGAAACAACUGAAUAUGGCGGCAGUUCUGAAGGGCAACAAUGGACCCAUCUACACGGCGGACAUGCUGGAGAACUUCUGCUUGGUGGCGGUGAUAGGCGCACGUGAGCGCUGCUUGCGCGAUGACUUUAAGCCGCUGCAAUUGCAAAAUCCGUGGCGCAAAGGCAGACUCUACGUGCGUCAAAAACACGAACUCUUAGCGGCCAUUGAGCAUGCCAACCGUAAAUCGCAUCUGAUAUGAGUUAUGUAUGCGUGAGGGCAUGAGUUGAGAGAGUGAGUUAAAGAAACUAAUAUAUAUAAAAUAGCCUUGCGCAGCCACUACCGUGUUUAGGAGGAAGCACAUUAAAAUUUGUUAAAUUGUUGUUGGUAAAGUUCCAAGCCUUGAUUCUUUUCCCAGCACAUUACCUGAUUCAACAACUUUAUUAUUUGUAUAUAAAUGAGCUCUAAAAGUAGACUGGUGCAUAGUAAAGACUAGACGUUAGCCAAUCGUGGCAAUUUACAAUUUAUUGACCCUUAGACAAGAUAAUUAGAACAAACAUACAGAUUCUACAAAAAUAGAUUGUUGUUGUUGUAAAGGGUUUUUCAAUAAGAGCGCUAGAAAAUCACAAAAACGGUUAUUAUUAUACGGGAUAUCAAUUAAAUUUCUAUUCCUGUGAAAGUACAUGCCAUUCCAUACAUGGAGCUCGAUUUCUUUUGCAUUGCCAUCACGGGCACGCUUGCAGAAGUCCAGACGCAGAACCCAAUUUUCGACGGUUUUCAAGUAUAAAUGGUCAAUACUGCUGUAAUCUCACGUUCGAUAUUCGUACGAAGUUCAUCAAUCGUCGCUGGCUUGUUGGCAUAGACCAAAAACUUGACGUAGCCCCCACGGGAAAUAGCCUAACGGCGUCAAAUCGCACGACCGAGACGGCCAAUUGACUGGGUUAUUUCGUGAGAUAGCACGUUCGCCAAACUUCUAUAAAGCGAUUGUGAUCGUCCUGUUGGAACCACAUAUUUUCCAAUUCCACAUCAUCCAAUUCAGGCCAAAAAUAGCCGGUUAUGAUUGAGCUGUAGCGAUUGCCAUUCUCAGUAACGUGCCGGUCUUGAUUAUGACGAAGCCAUUGAGCUUGAAAUGAGCCUCAUCACUAUGUAGGACGUAGCGUUCCUGAAGUUGAGACCACUGACUCCGAAUCUCGGUAGUAAAUUUUAAUAGUUUGGACUCAUUGUUGGAUUGUAUAUCUUUCCAUAAUGAAAUGGCAAACGUUACUGAAGAAAAAUUUUGAAAGAGCGGCAAAAAAUAUGGCGUACUUAGCUGUCCCUAUCGGUUUACUUUUGUAGCAUCCCUAUUGAAAAACCCUAUAUUAGCACAACGAAAUUUCACGGCCUACAAUAUGAGUGACCGAAGUUUCCCUUUUUUGGUUGUUCUUUUCCACUAUAUGACCGAUCAAAACAAGUGAAAUCCAGAAAUAUUUUACUCGGGUCAAUUUAUACGAUUUAUAAAAAAAUUCAAAUUUUAAUAUUUUAUGAAAAUAACU